AUGUCGUCGCAACCUCAAAUGGAUGUCAAUGCUCUGUUGCACAGCAUGCGUGCACAGAUCUUGACAUUGACCACUCAACUCGCCGAGCUGCAGGCAAAUCCCCCUGCAGCAACCCCCUCGGUCAAGAAGAAAUUCAACAAGAAAGUUGAAGUCGCAAAUUGGGACGCAUUUGCCGACAAUUUUGAGGUAGCCACUGUGGUGCUAUCUCGACUAAAGGGACCUGUGGUGGGUCAGUACACCCAAGUUAGAUUGCAGGAGUGCUACACCACGGGAGUGUGGCCCACCUGGGACGAUCUCAAGAAAGAGAUUGAAAAAUACUUCAAACCGCAAGCUGAGCGUGACUGGGCGCGUCAGCAAAUCCGUUCCUUCAAACAAGGAAACAUGAGGACGGAUGACUAUGUUACCCGGUUCCUGGCCCUCUCCAUCCAAGGAGGGCUUGGCAAUGAACAUGCAGUAGAACUGCUGGAGCGCAAUGUGAACCCCCACAUUGCAGAACAGAUCUACUUGCAGGAUACAAGAAAUGAAAACCUGGCCCUGGCGGCUGAGGAAGUAUAA